AUGGCUUCAAUUGCUAAAGGCAGAAGAGCGAAGCUCGCAAGCAACGUGACUUCUUGUCAGGGGAUUUAUGCCAAGAACGUCCCGCGCUGGUCGCGUUUGGGCUGGUCCCAAUUCGAACACACCAAAAUGAACAAUCAAGAGCUAGGAAAGUGGAAAUCUGUGAAUCUGAGUCCUCGGUGUUUUUCUCGAUUUGUUAAUUCCUGUCUCAUUCGUCCAAGGGAUAAGAAGGAUUGUCCUCCCCAUGAAAAUUUACUGCUUUUUACUGGAAGGAGUUCUCUAAUAUGGGAGUUUGGGGGCAAAAUUACGCCCAAGGUUUAUUUGCCAGUGGUAAAAUACUACUACACAAAGGAUUUGCAAUCCUUCAUGUGA